CUCACACAACGAUCGACCGACGUUAGCCACUGGCGACGAUGAAAACGACACCAACACCUACACCAACAACACCACAACUACAACUACAACUACAACCAGCAGGAAGCACAGAAUCCAGUCCAACCACCUUCACAGUGCGAAAGAUGACGGGUCGUAAGAUCUCCAAGUUCUCCACCAUCCUGGUGCUCUGCGCCGCCCUGCUGCUGACCAAGUCCUGCGGCAUCCUGGCGCUCAGCGGUGACGGUUCGGCGGCUCAGGAUGUGGCCCAAGCGGAGCCAUGGAGCGACACCACCACCACCAUUCAGCCAAGUGAGGAGGGAAGCGGCUGGGAGAGCACCACGCCCGGAGGCUGGGAUCAGGACACCACGAAGGCGGAUGAGGGGACCACUGCUGUCGAUGAGGGAACCACCACAGAUGAUCAGGAGAACUCCACAGGUGCCUCUGGGGAUGGAGAGACCAGCACUGCCGCCCCGGAAACCUCACCAGCUGGCCAGGAAAGCUCCAGCUUAGCUCCUGAGACUUCAUCCGUUCCCGAGGAGACUUCAUCCGCUCCCGCGGAGACCUCAUCCGCUCCCGAGGAGACAUCUUCGGCUCCCGAGGAGACUUCAUCCGCUCCCGAGGACACUACUCCAGCUCCAGAGGAAACAACCACAGCCGAACCAGAGAGCUCUAGUUCCUCCUCCACAUCCCAAUCAGAGGGCUCCAGUUCCGCCUCCACAGCCGAGCCGGAGAGCUCCUCCCCAGCCGAAGCGGAGAGCUCCAGUCCCAGUUCCUCCUCCAGUUCCGCCACUCCUGCUGAGACCACCAUCGCACCCACUCCGCCCACAUUCAAGUGCCAGGCGGCGGGACUCUUCCCGCACAUCAGUGGCGACUGCAGGCGCUACCACAACUGCCUGUACAAUCCCGUGCUGCGGCAGCUGCAGGAGAUUGAGGUCACCUGCCCGCUCCUGACCGCCUUCUCGCCGAGCCUGGGCAGGUGCGUGAGGGACUUGGCCGAGUGCCAGGAGGACGGCUUCCCGUGCCUGGCCGUGGGCAGAUUCGCUGGACAGGACGAGACCUACUACUACAGCUGCGUGGCCAGUCUGCAGGGCGGCUUCCACAAGUUCAUCGUGCGCUGCUCCAGUGGCCAGAGGUUCGAGGCCGUAAUCGGGGGCUGCUGGCGCUACGACUGGACGCAGAUUGUGCCUGGACAGGAGGCGACGGAGGUCAGCGAUUUGGCGGCCAUCAAGCGGGAACUGAAGCUGUACAAGGCCGAGGAGAAGCUGCGCCAGAAGGCCCUCAAGGAGCAGGAGAAGCUGGCCAAGAAGCAGCAGAAGCUGGAGGAGAAGGCCGCCAAGAAGGCCGCCAAGGAGCAGGCCAAGCAGCAGGCGAAGGCCGAGAAGGACAAGGCCAAGGGCGAGUCCAUUGAGAGCGCCGAGUCCGCGGAGUAGACCAGUUCUUUAUCCUGGAUACCCUAAGCCCCCCUUCCCCCCACACUCCUAUGUUGGUCCAUUGCUCUAGUCCUGUAAAAUUAUAUUCCGGCAUUUUUUUUGUUAACUGUUUUUUUUUUGCUUUGUGGUGUAAAUAAAGAUUAUAAAUAUA